GAUAAAUCAUAUUACCUGUGUCCUGUUGUAUAAGUAUCACAACCCUCCUUGAACAGUUACGUCCUACCUACUCUGGAUUCAGAUUGAAGUUGGCAGGUAAACAUUUCGGCUUCACUUACCCAAUCUGUCUCGUCAACUCUCUAUUUCAUCUUUUUUUUUUCUUCUUUCAAACCACGGCAGCACCAAGGAAGAGGAACAAGAUGUCUAAGCCUUUUGUCGCAGUAGUCGGGGCGACAGGCCAGCUGGGAAGGCUCAUCGCCACAAGUCUGAGAAACCGCAAUGUUCCAGUCAAAGCGAUCGUCCGCCCGAGGACGGACCCAGGCCGUACGGAGGAGCUGAGGAGCGCGGGUGUUCGCAUCGCUGAGGCCGAUCUCAGCGACGUGUCAGCCGUGACUGAGGAGCUACGCGGGGCCACGACCGUAGUCUCUGCACUGAACGGACUCGCCGAUACGAUGCUGGGUGCACAGGGGACGCUCCUCGACGCAGCGGUGCGCGCUGGGGCAAAACGCUUCAUCCCCUCGGACUUCUCGCUCGACUUCACCAAGACAGCGCCGGGUUCCAACCGCAACCUAGACCUGCGGCGUGAGUUCCACGUCGCGCUCGAUGCGUCCGGCAUCGAGUGGACGUCGAUCCUGAACGGGGCCUUCAUGGAGCUGCUCGCGGGUCAGGCGCCACUGAUCAACGACCGAUUCCGCCGCGUGCUGUAUUGGAACAGCGACGAGCAGCCGCUCGACUUCACCACAUACGCCGACACUGCUGCGUAUACGGCUGCGGUAGCUGCAGACCCGCAGCCCACCCCUCGCUACCUGCGCAUCGCGGGUGACGUGGUCAUGCCCAAGGAGCUUGCCCUCAUCGCUGGAAGAGCGCGAGGGGGCGGGCCGUAUUCAACCCUGUGGGUGGGGAGUGCCGGGUUCCUGGAGGGGGCAGCGAGCUUCAUGAGGCGUUUUGGCAUAGGAGGGAGCGAGAAGGAUGUGUUUCCUGCGUGGCAAGGCAUGCAAUAUACGGUGAACAUGUUCUCAGGGGCUGGCAAGCUGGAGCCGUUGGACAAUGAUCGGUAUCCUGAACUCAGGUGGACAAAGGUCGAGGAGUUUCUCAGCCAGACUCCAGCCUGAGGAGUCGCGUGAUCAAGUUCCCAACAAACCGUUACACUUUCUUCAAAGACUCAUCAAUCGAGCCAAAGCCUCGGCAAUAUCCCUCGCG